UUGGAGGUGUACGGUUUAUUUUCAAUACGGCCGUCUGUUUACGGGCUGCGCCGGGCGAGUGCCGACGCCCGUUAUAAUGUGACCGGCGCACGACAACGCGCGUCUCCCCCCAAGGUGUUUGCGAUGUGGUACACGUGGACCGCGUUGCUGCUGGUGUCCUGUGCACUGGUCGAGGCGGCAGAGGUUCAGGCGGAGGUACAAGGGGAGGUUAAACCUGAGGUCCAAGUGGUAACAGAAAUCCCCGGGCCAGCAGCGACCACCCGAGCUCCGCCGCGUACUCUUGACCGUCAAGCCGCUGAACUCGCCUGGCGAUCUUGGCUUCAGAGCCCUGAAAGUGGCAAUCCAAAUGCGCCACCGCGAAGGAUCACCACAAAAUCUUUGUUCAUCACACCGCUCGUAUGCCCUAAAGGACAGCGGCUUGACCGGAAUGGCUGUGUUCAGGUUGUGACUGUUGACAAAGACGAACACGAGCGUAUAUUACUGGAACACCUAAAUGCUUUAUUUACAUCUGCUCCUGGUGGCGGCGGUGUGCAGUACGACUACGGUGACGAAGAGCCAGGACCGCUUCAACUGUCUAUUCCUAUUGGAUAUGAUGCGCAAGCUGCUCCAUUACAAUCUCAGGAUCAGACAGAAAAGGGGCAGGACCUCAAUUAUGUGAAAAUCGACAAGAAAGAAAAUACACAAAACAAUGACGCAAGCAUAGAAGCUGAAUUAGAACUAUUAAAACUCCAACAAUCGCAAGACUCUAACAAUACAAUUGGGACAAAAGGAACUUAUGUUGUGAAUAAUAACGCUUUGACAAAUUCUCUAGCUUACCCUGAAAAGCCCAAACGUGACAGUCCAAUGAUGCAUUCGAGUGAGACGGAGUCUUUAAAUUCAACGGAAGUCGGACAAAAAGAAGAGGUAUUUGGACAUGUAAGCGUUGAUCCAGUAAUUACUUCUUUUCAAAAUCAGCAAACUUAUCAGGCAGAGCCUGAAAAUAAAAACUUGAACAUAUCUUCCUUAACGGACAAUAAUGCUCUUAACAUAUCCAGCGAUGCAAUUACCAUGAACAAUUCGAACGCUGCUGAUAAUACCACUCCACAAAUUGGCUCACAAAUGUUACAAAAAGAUAGUGAUAAUUCCAAGUUAAAUCCAGAACAUGAUUAUUCAGAUAUCGGUGAAGCUAUUAAACUAAUAAGCAGGUAUGCCGAGGUUACUACCGACGACAACUUUAGUAAAAAUAAAAAUGGCACGUCAAAGGAUGACAACAUUUUGGGCACACGUACAAAACUUCAGUACCGUCGAAACAAACCGAGACCAACAGACUCUGUUGUAGCUGAAACCGUUCAAGCCCACGAAAAAGUCCCGAGUAACGAAAAUCCGCCGACUAAUGAUGCAAAAAAGAACCUUUUCUUUAGAUAUUCAUGGCCGAAUCAGCACUUACGCCCUCCACAUCCUGACUAUCCAUUUAAACAUUUACAAGAUUAUUGGCCGGGCCAAAAACGUAAUGGUGGAGUGUAUGCGAUGCAUGGAAAUCCAAGGCGUCAUCAUCAUACAUACUCCCAAAACUAUUUACGACCACACAGCUAUCCUUACUCGGAUUACGCUCAACUCUCUCCACGCCUGCAAGAAAGCUAUUCUGGCCUUUAUCGAUACCCACACAGAGUAACCCGACAUAAUGCUAGUCCAGUAAGAUCUCAUGCUAACAACCAAGAUCUAUACAGUUUACUUGGUUUAAGACAUUGGUUUAGCAGCGAAGGCAUAACGAAGAGAUAG